UACACGACAGUCACCUCUCACCUUUGCCUUCCUCCAUGGUGCCUGUGCUCCUCAGUGUCUGGCUGAAUCUUUGACGAACGUUAUUUGAUUGAUUCUGACAAAUUUCUGCAAGCCAGUAGAACACAAUGCCGAAGAAUAAGGGAAAGGGAGGUAAAAAUCGCAGGAGAGGAAAGAAUGAGAACGAAACUGAGAAGCGAGAGUUGGUUUUCAAAGAAGAUGGUCAAGAAUAUGCUCAGGUCACAAAAAUGCUGGGCAACGGUAGGCUUGAGGCAAUGUGCUUUGACGGAGUCAAACGACUGUGUCACAUACGAGGAAAACUUCGUAAGAAAGUAUGGAUCAAUCAGGGGGACAUUAUUCUGAUAGGUCUUCGUGACUACCAAGAUGCCAAGGCCGACGUUAUUCUCAAGUACACGUCCGACGAAGCGAGAAAUUUGAAGACAUACGGAGAGUUCCCAGAAACUGUUCGUAUCAACGACACAGUUACAUUCGUGGAAGAUGGCUUUGACGAGGAUAUUGAGUUCGGUGAUGAAAUCAGCGACGAUGAUGAGGAUGAUGUCGAUAAUAUCUGAUGAGCUACUCCGCCAUAGUCAGAGCAAUAAUAGAAUAAGAAUUGGUAUCCUCACACCGGCAAAUUAAAAUCAGCGCCGAUAAAAAAACAUUCAAUUAAUAAAUAAUUAAUUCGAAAUAAACCGAUAAAAUUCUGACGAUACGCGACAAAUUUUAAACUCGAUUAACCGAGUGUAAAAGUAAUUGUAUCUAUAAAUAAACUAUCAUGAUCUUUUUUUUCAAUUUGUUUUGUUCUACUCGCAUAUUCGAUUGAACAAUUUUCGGUAGGAUAAUUCAGAGAUAUUAGGAAAUUGCUAUCAAUUUUUUUCAUUAAUCGUGCAGUACGACAUAACUCGACAAGUUACGUCAUAACGAUGAAAAAAAAUACAAAGCUAGUGAUUGAUUCACUGAAUGCAUUAGAAUUGUUGUUGAAAAUCCAAUUCAAUGCAUGUAAAAAACGAAACCAUCAAAUCGUCUUACCACUCAUUUUAGCAUAAUUACUUAAGAAUUAAUACUUUCGUGUUUGGAAAUUUAUAAUUACCUAAAGUAGUGCGGAAUAAACUGGAAAGAUGAAAAACAAAAAUAAUCAUGAUAAACUCACAUUUUUACCAUUCAAAGUCAUCAUCAACAGUAAAAAAUAAUUCCAGAAAGAAUUCAAUCCACGGAUCACUGGAAUUGGGAUAGCUCAAUAGUGAAUGUUUUUUAAAUUAAAAAAAAAGAUGAUUUUACUUGAAAAAUUUCAGCUUUGUUAUUUCAGUUUAGAUAGUCCAAUAUUGAAUUGUAUGAUAAUUUUUUAAGGGCUAAUAAAACCAUAGCUACAGCCUUCUGGAAAGAA